GACUGCGAAUUCAGGUCACUUGCUCUCGUUCUUUGUGCCCUAGGGAGCUUUGCUAACUAACUAAUGCUUUGAAUUGUUGGUGCUGGCUCUUGUGGGCAAUAGACUAUGGGAGACAAAUCAAGUAGUAAUUCUGCUUCCCCUCGAAAGCUAAUGAAAUUUUCGCCUAAAGUCCCCCCUCGCAAACCACCACCAACUGUUACAGCAAAAACGGAUCCACUGGAUGAUGCCAGCAUUAAGAUAGAUAGUGAGCUGAUGAAGAAACUCAGGGCUCAUGAAAGUUCUGGGAGAAAAUUGUCUAAGGUGCCUAGGAAAACUGAACCAACAGUAACAUUUGGACACACGGACAAUUCAAUGCAUGCUAGAUCAUUUGGGAACCCAGGAGUCAAUGCUGAUGAAAGAAGAUAUCAAGUUCCCACAUUCAGUGUGCAAACAAUGAGUGCUUUGCCUGAUCGUGAUGACCUAGGUCAAUCAGCUUCUGGCAUGUCAUUUGACGUUUCUGGAGGCAUGGCUGAUGAGAUGAAUAGUCAAGAUGGUGGAGAGAAGUUAGCCCGAAAACAAGGGAAGAAACAUGUGGACCCUUGGGAUAUGAACUCUUAUUAUCCUAUUACCCUUCCUUUGAGAAGGCCAGAUUUCAGAAUUCCAGAAAUUCUAGAUGAAGAGGAGUUUGGGAAGGCUUCGGAAAGUUCAGUUGAAGAUACAAACAAGAUUAGACCAGCUGAGACUCUUGGUUUGAUGGAGAGAUCUGAUGAAGCCAGGCUGCUCUUUUUCCAGCUUCCGGCAUCUCUUCCACUGGAGAAGAAAUCUGCCAGUCAGAAAGAUGGUGGUGGCCGCAUCUUGCAAGACCUCCCUUCUGGUCUCAUGGGGAAAAUGUUGGUGUAUCGGAGCGGCAUUGUCAAGAUGAAAUUGGGAGACGUCCUCCUCGAUGUGUCUCCAGGCGUAGAUUGCAUUUUUCCUCAGGAUGUUGCGGCCAUCAACAUGGAUGAGAAGCAUUGCUGCAUCGUAGGCGAGAUUAAUAAGCGCGCUGUUUUAAGUCUGGACAUGGACUAUCUGUUGAAUGCUAAAAUCAAUUCAGAUUGAUGAAGGCCAUUGUUUCAAUGGCAUCUUCAUUUUGUGCAAAGUGGUAGAAAGACCAGUUUUACUGUCUGCACAGAUGACAAAUUCUGACUUGUAAAGCAUGACAUGUAGAACUUCUGAACUCAAAUCAUACCAUGUUAAUCUUUAUGGUAUUUGUACAAAAGGAGAUUGAGUUAUAAAUUUCUCAGUUGCGUUCAA